CAUUACAUGUCCGUGGGAAACCAUGGAGGACAGCACAGAAGAAGACAUUGAGUCUCUGAUUGAAGGAAUGGCCUACAUCCCUGGCCACUUCCAUUUGGAGCUACAUCUCAACGGUGAGCCCAAUGGACCAGCUGCUCUUCGGCACCGAGACACCCAACUCAAGAGCGAGAGCCUCAGGGCUGAGCUUGAAGCUGAGACGGGACGACUGCAGUACGCUGUGCGCAAUAUGCUGGGCUUGCUAGCCUUCCAUUUGGAUGAACUGGAGACAGCAGAGGAGGUCUUUAACAGCAUCUGCCAAGAGGAUCCUGAAAACCUCAAUGCCUGGGCCAACCUGGGUUAUGUACAUGAACGGUUGGGUCGUGAACUGGAGGAGGGAGAGUGCAUGGAACGUGUGGCUACCCUCAUGGGCCCAGAGAUGGGGGAGAACCAGACAGAAACCAGGCUAAGGGCAGCACGUUGCCUGGCUGAGCAGGCAUACGCCCACCCUUAUAAUGUGGAGCUGGAGAGAGACGAAGAUUUAAGGAAGACAUAGACAACUGCACUGAUGUUAUACAACCGUGCACUUGAUUAUGGAGGGGAACUGAUACCCAUAGAGGAAAAGAGAACUUGGUAUUUCAAAAUGGCAACAAUUUACAUAAGGUUAGACGGUAUUGUGAGGGAUUCAAAGGACAUUGAAUACACAAGACUUACUUAUUUCAACAAGGGCCUCAAGCUUCUCGCAGAGACUCUAAACUCUGACAACACACAUCUCAAAGCCCUGGCCUGGUGUUAUGUUGGUCUCAUGUUGGAGCAAAUGGAAGAGUUCUCCACUGUACCGAUGGCAGUUCAUGACUGUGGUUUCUCUGGGUCUGACCCUUUGACAUGUUAUGGAUCGGCCAUCAAGCUCGCCACAGACGAUACGUUCAUCCUCAACAGACUAGCAAACGUGUUCUUUCUGUCAGGCAAACUAGAGAUGACUACGGGUAUCUGUAACAUGGCACUGAAUGCCCUGCCUGAUGCUGAACUCAACUGGCAAGCAUAUUGCACUCGUGCCAAGAUGGUUGAGAGAGUGUCUGUGCCUGAUUAGGCUCAAUAUGCUGUCCAGAGAGCAGUCACCAGCAGACCUGAACUGGUUGUUAAUCGCCUGGACAACGGCCGACUGCUCAGAGGCUUCAACCCAUUUGAACCUACAACUGAUGUGAAAGUUGUGAUGAUUUUGGACAGGGAUGGCAGCAUAGCUGUGCUCUUCUCCACUCGUGAAGUGGCCACUGUGAUCAUCAUGGCAGGGGCAAAGGUUUCCAUUAAUCACUUCUCAGUUGUAUCUAAUGCAUGGAUUUAAUUUUUAUUUUAUUUUUUAUUUUUUUUGCAGUGCACAACAAACAGCUAAAUGAACUUCAUUCUAUGUG